AUGGAACAAGUUUCUACAGCAAUUCUUUGGCAGACACUUAGCAAACAAAUAGGAAAUAUUCGAAAGCUAUCUGGUGGCCAGAAAAUUGCAAGCACUCAGGAUCCUAAUAAUGCUGGCGAUUAUGAGAUUUCAGACGAUAAGGUGAGCCUGUUGGACUCUGCAAUGUGUGGUGCAUUCAUCCAUGGUCUUGAAGACGAAUACUCUAUUGUAAGAGCUAGUGCCAUAGAUGCCAUGUGCGAACUGGCAUGUAUUGCAAAAGAGUUUGCAAAUCUAAGCAUUCCAUUUUUGGUUGACAUGUUUAAUGACGAGCACAAGGAAAUUCGGCUCAACGCAAUCACUAGCGUGACAAAGAUCUCUGUCGUGUGGAGGUUUUCAUUAAAGGCAGAACUCACCGAAACUAUAACACUGGCUCUUUUUGAUAGUGAUGCUCAGAUUCGCCAGGCGACGCAUACACUGAUUGGGUACACCUUUUGGUCAUUGACUAACCCGUAA